GUUCUUUCUGCUCGCCAUCUGAGGCACGUCGCACACAAAGACAAAAGAAAAAACCAGCAAUUACUUUCCGAGCCUUUCACUUUUCCUGAACCGUCGAAACAAAAGAGCAACUUCCGACUUUCUCUCGCCGCAAACCUGCCGCAAAUGGGUUCUCAAAAAUCGUCAUUGGCGUUUGGCUACCUCUAUAAAAAUACUCUCACAGAAUGUUUUUCUCUAUCUUGUCGCCUAUUUUCUCUCAGUCAUGUCUGCUGCAACUCUCUAUCCUCAGCCCGCUGCUGCCAACUACCACACCCCCCCAGCUCAUGCAUCAAAGCAACGGGGAUAUCGUAUCUGCGAUCAAUGUGGUGCCGUCGAGACACCUAUGGCUAGAUUUCGCCUCUGUGGGGGUUGCAUGACAACCCAAUACUGUUCACAAGAAUGUCAAAGAAUCCAUUGGCCCGGUCAUAAAGCCAUUUGUCAUCACACAAAAUCCCAAACUGCCAAGGUCGCUGCCGUCUAUGCAGUUUCUCCCGAUGAAAAUGUGGCAAAGAACCUCCGACGGUUCACCUCUUCGUACACCGGCCUUCUUGGAUGGGCUGGUUUCCAGGCUCUUCAACUCAAACGUGUUCCUUCCAAUAUCCGACAAAACGCUCUUCUCAUCGAGCUUACCCCACAACAUCAUCCAGAAUCGCAUCGUCGAUUCUCAAUCGCUGCGACCCACAUUGUUUCACGGAAAUACAUCCGUGACCCACUCGUCAUUAACGACAUUCAGCGACGAGAGGAGCGCUGUCGCCAAAACGGCGGUAUUGGCACGCUAGUCAUUAUUAUCCAAUGUGGUAAUGUUUCUCAGGUGAUGCCUGUCGAAGUCGACCCUCCUUCAAAGAUCACUUGGGAUACCAGGGAAGACUGGUUACAAGUUCUUCAUCAUUUCGUCAACUCUGGUCGGACAGACUUCCAACCGAUAUCGACAACGACUAGGGGGGUUUACUAUGGAUAGACACUUCGACCCUUCAUAAACGCCUCUAGACCCUGAUAGAUUCCAUCACGGAUUGACGUCGAUCGUCCCAUUCCUUCUCGUAUUCACUGUAUUUUUUACACACCCUUCGGUUUCCGCUCGUCCUCUUUUUCGUAUCUUCUUGGUUCAGGGACUCGAUUGUCAUUUUCGCCAUUUCAUCUUCGUGAUACCCCUCUUACAUACCCUACGCGGAUUCAACUUUCCCAUUGUACAUGUACGCAUUGCUUGUUCUCAUCUGCUACCAAUGUUGUUUUAUUAGUAACUGUUCAAUUAUUAUCUGUCCUACGGAAUCAUGUAUGGUCACUGGCAGAAUAUCUAAAGUUAUCAUUAUCGGAGUGGACACUGGCAAGGUGGCC